CUAAUUGAUCACCUUCUUCAUCUACUUAAUAAACAUGUCAACCAAAACCCUAACCCUAACGCCACCAUUAGUAUCAUUUCUACUCUUUAAGCUUAUUGCCAUGGCUAACCAUGCAAGACCCAGACCUUCUCAUGGACUACUGCGUUGCUGAUGUAUCAAGAACUCCAUCAUUCUUUUUCAAUGGCGAGCUUUGCAUUGACACAUCCUUAGUCAUCUCCAAUCAUUUCUUCACCUCUUCCCUCUCCAAACCAGGGAUGACAGGAAACAUCUUUGGCUCAAACACAACAACAACCACAACUAAAAACCUCCCUGGCUCAAAUGCUCAAGGCUUAACAAUGGCACGUAUAGAUUUAGCUCCGGGAGGUAUAGUCCCAUUGCACUCACAUCCAAGAGGAGCUGAAGUAGUGAUACUAAUAAAAGGAACUCAAGUCAUGGUAGGGUUUGUAGAAACAAAAGAGAACAAGCUCUAUGUGCAACAACUUAGACCAGGUGAUGUAUUUGUGUUUCCAAAAGGGUUGGAUCACUUCUUGCUUAACUUGGAUGGUGCCACGUCAGCCACGGCGAUCGCCGGAUUGAGUAGUCAAAACCCCGGUGAGCAGGUUGUGCCUUGGGCAACUUUCCAAUCAAUGCCUAACAUACCAGAUGAAGUAUUGGAGAAGACUUUCAAAGUUUCUGCCCAAGAUAUUAAGAGGAUUAGAAAGAACCUUGGUGGUUGAUGUUAAAUUAUUUUGGAGGAAAAAAAAUAGGGAAAAGGCCUUGAGGUUUCUAUUACUUUCUAUAUACUCAAUAAAUCCCUAUGUUUUUUUAAUAUCUUUACUUUUAUUAUUAUUAUUAUUAUUAUUAUUAUUAUUAUUAUCUUCUCUGCUUCACAUGGACGGUUGAGCUUAUUAAGGUUGGGGUAAACUUGAUUGGCUUGGUGAUCUACUGCGAACAGGGGUAUAAAUGAUAUACUCGCAAGCUGCUCGAGUUCGAUUUGGGGAAAACUCGAACUUAACUCGUUUAUGGUCAACGAGAGCUUAAGCUCGAGUAGUCAAGUAAACUGAGUUCGAAUAUCUUAAUACUUGACUCAAGUGUUUACAAA